GCAGUGUCUAUGGGUGCAAAAACUCUAAAAGAACGUAGCCAUUAUCGUUUCUCAAGGACCGAGUCUGUGAACCAAAUUUACAUCCAGCACGUGUCCUUCUCCGCCAGACAUGGAGACGCCGCUGCUUAACGGAAGUCUCACCUCCGGCAACGGAGACUACCCUCCAGUGAGGAGCUACAAUGACUUGAAGUCAGUGAUUUGGAUUGAGACAGUGAAGAUGUGGACGAUUGCCGCUCCAAUUGUGUUUAAUAUGGUGUGUCAAUAUGGGAUAAAUUCGGUGACCAACAUAUUUGUGGGUCAUGUUGGAGAUUUUGAGCUCUCCGCUGUUGCCAUUUCUCUCUCUGUUAUCGGCACUUUCUCUUUCGGCUUCAUGCUUGGAAUGGGGAGUGCAUUGGAGACGCUGUGUGGUCAAGCUUUUGGUGCUGGGCAAGUUCACAUGCUCGGUAUUUACAUGCAGCGUUCAUGGAUUGUCUUAAUUGUGACUUGUAUCUUCUUGAUGCCCAUUUACAUUUUCGCUACUCCAAUCCUAAAGCUCCUCGGGCAAGAAGAUAGCAUAGCCGAAUAUGCUGGAAACUUCACUUUACUAGUCAUCCCGCAGUUGUUUUCUCUUGCCGUCAAUUUUCCUACACAAAAGUUCCUUCAGGCCCAAACCAAGGUCCAAGCUCUUGCCUGGAUCGGCUUCGUGGCUCUGGCCUUGCACAUUCCUCUGCUGUGGCUCUUAAUUUUUGUAUUUCGAUGGGGUACAAAUGGUGCAGCCAUAGCAUACAAUAUUACCAAUUGGGCAAUUGCUGUGGCUCAAGUUGUCUAUGUCAUUGGUUGGUGCAAUGAGGGUUGGAAUGGGUUGUCCUGGUCUGCCUUUAACGAGAUUUGGGCCUUUGUUAGGCUCUCAAUUGCCUCAGCUGUUAUGCUUUGCCUGGAGAUAUGGUAUAUGAUGAGUAUUAUUGUGCUGACUGGCCAUCUUGAUAAUGCUGUGGUUGCAGUUGGUUCACUUUCUAUUUGUAUGAAUUUCAAUGGUUGGGAGGCCAUGUUGUUCAUUGGAAUAAAUGCAGCUAUAAGUGUGCGUGUCUCCAAUGAGCUUGGAUCUGGACAUCCAAGAGCUGCCAAAUAUUCCAUAUAUGUUACUGUAGUUCAGUCCUUCCUCAUUGGGAUUCUUUUCAUGCUUAUCAUACUGAUUGCCAAGGACUAUUUUGCAAUAAUUUUUACCAACAGCAAAGAUCUACAACUAGCUGUCUCUAAGCUAGCAUUUCUCCUUGGUAUCACCAUGGUUCUCAACAGUGUUCAGCCAGUGAUCGGAGGUGUUGCCAUUGGAAGUGGGUGGCAAGCAUUAGUAGCCUAUGUCAACAUUUGUUGCUACUAUAUAUUUGGGCUUCCUCUUGGUUUCCUACUUGGUUUUAAAGCAAACAUGGGAGUAACGGGACUUUGGGGGGGAAUGAUAGCUGGAACUGCUCUGCAGACAUUGCUGCUCUUGAUUGUGCUUUAUAGAACCAACUGGAACGAAGAGGUGGAGCAAACAUUAGACCGGGUACGGAAGUGGGGUGGGCAAGUAAUGAGCAAGGAGGAGACAAUUGGUGUUGUAUGAAAGGGGUUAUUUGGAGAAGCUGCGAAAAAUUCCCAUGUCAUUUGUCUUAGUGCCUCAAAUGGUAAAAUAAGUAUUAUGAUAAUGAUUUUUCAUGCUCAGAAACAAGGAAAAAAAAGGAAGGGAUCAAUGGCAGGUGUGGCAUCUUUAAUCCCUCUGAUAUAUAUAUAUAUAUAUAUAUUUUUGGCUCCCACAAAUGGCAUAUUUUAGUUCCAGAAUAAGUGUCUAGAAUUGGCACCAGGUAAGCAAAGUAUAGCAAGAAACAAGAAGAGUGGCUUGAAUCUAGAAUAUGGCGAUUAAACUUUGUAUUAAUGAAAUUACUCUAUUUGAACUUUAAUAAAAUUAAAAACAUGGAGAUCUUUUAAUUUU